AUGGCCGAGACGUCAGAAGUGGCUGAGUGGAGCAUGGGCGAAAUUUUGGACGCCCUGGGUUGGAAGUUUGCUAGGACUGGAAGCAAAGCCCAGCAAUUUGAUGUGUUGGGGGUUACAGUGGAUUUGCAAUAUUUGUAUGCGGGCAAGGUGGAACCUGGCGAAGCAGCCUCCCCGCAUGGCCAGUUGAAUUUCGCACAAGGGCAGCAUUUGGGUGCCCCACUCAAACCCGCCAUGAAGUUUCUCAGCGAUGUAGCUGCAGCUGGCUGGUGCGAGUCGAUGAAACCUUUGCUGGUGGUGGCUGCUAUCUACACCAAAGCAGUCAUGCAAUAUGAUGCACCUCGAUGCAUGUCCUUGCAAGAUGAGACCAGCCCUUUGGUCGUUUUCACUGACGGGGCAUGGGAGAUCAUCCCAGAUCCCAGCUGGAGCUGGUAUUGUGGUGGUGGAUCCUGUUUCUGGUGUAAGAAUCUCCCAUGA